AUGAAACAACAUCGUGGUUUUGAGGACGCUCAACAUCGGCAAUACGUUUGCAAGUUGUAUAAAUCAAUUUAUGGGUUAAAACAAUCUCCUCGUCUCUGGUUUCAAAAACUAUCUCAGUCGCUGCAACAAAUUGGAUUUACUUUCAGCACAGCGGAUCCGUCUCUCUUAAUCUACGCUAAAGUAGAUGUUAGGGUCUUUGUCCUCAUAUACGUCGAUGACAUGCUUAUAACCGGCAAUAACAACGCUCAAAUACUACUCACAUUACAACAUCUCCAGUCUGCCUUUCACCUCAAACAGCUCGGCGACGUCUCCCUAUUCCUAGGAAUUCAGGUCCACAUGAUUAGAAUCCAAUCUGGAACCAGCUCAAGUUUCUCCGCUUUUAAACCCUCCAACACUCCAGCACUCACCAAGCCGUCAAAGCUUCACGACGAGACUCUCUUCUCGGAUCCACAACUGUUUCGGAAACUAGUAGGAUCACUCCAAUACCUGUCUAUCACUAGACCGGACAUUGCAUUCACCGUCAACUCCAUCUGUCAGUUCAUGCACCAACCACGAAACUGCGACUUCCUUGCUCUCAAGCGAUUACUUCGCUAUAUAAAGUGCGCAGUUGAUUUCGGGUUGCCUAUCACAAAAGGAUCCCUUCAUCUUCGUAGCUACUUCGAUGCCGAUUGGGCGACUAAUCCGAUCGAACGGAAGUCCAUGUCAGGGUAUUGCACGUUUCUUGGCCCUAACCUGAUUUCAUGCUCAUCGGCUGCCUCCUAUGCCGCCAUGCUCGACACAGGCGACUUCAUUAUUGUUGCCUCUGACAGCUCGGUCUUGUCGGAGAGCUUUUCCGAUCCAACAGACACCAUUCUUCCCACCCAAACCCUAAGCCCCAAUUCCAAACUUGUGGCAAAGCUUAGAGAAUAUGAUUUCAGUGAUGGAAAGUUUAAGCUCGCUGUACAGUCGAACGGCGACCUCGUCUUUUAUCUCAUUGCCAUUCCCACCUGA